UUUGCGAUCGCCUGCUGAAACGUGCGUUCAGUUUAGUUCAGGCCAAAACAGACAACACUGCAGUAUCAUUUAUUUCGUUUUUUCUUUUACGUUUGCCCAAAUCUGCAAUUUAUUUUAAUAAUGCACAGUAUUGCACAGCUUCUACAAGCCGCUGAGUACCUUGAGAGACGUGAACGAGGUAAAUUUCAUGAAGCUGAACAUGGCUAUGCUUCCACGUUACCGAUGCCCGAUGAAUACUCUAAGAAGAAGUCAAAGGGAAAGAAAACUCAGGGAAACAGGUCAACUCAUAACGAAUUAGAAAAAAAUAGGAGAGCUCAUCUGAGGAAUUGUUUAGAGAAAUUGAAAGAUCUGGUUCCGCUUGGAGCUGAUUGUUCAAGGCAUACAACGCUAGGUCUCUUAACAAAGUCACACAAUUUUAUCCAAAUCUUGGAAGAAAAGCAGAGGAAAACAAAUUUUCUAAAAGAGCAGCUUCGGAGGGAGCAAAGACACCUGCAGAGAAAGUUAGAUCAGCUUAAUGUUGGCUCAUUCAGAGUGAGCAAAGAAAGGAGUAUUAGUGAAUGUAGUUCUUCUACAAACUCAACUACCUCAACCAACUCAGAGCACGAGUCUGAUGAAAUAGACAUCCUUGGAUACAAUAGUGCCCAAAGUGAUUUUUUUGAUGACCACAGUAGCAUUGGCAGUGGGAGCAGUGAUGCGUGUAGUAUGGACAGCAAAGUGUAUUUUGAUGAUUCACCAUACUUGGAAUCGCUCUGAUGCCAACAUGAUUGUCACAAAAUGAAUAUAACUGGAUAUAGUGCUGUGUGUAGCAUAAUGUUGACAGACGGACAAACACGGUUAUUCCAAGAGAGAUCUGGUUAUCACGUUACUGCGAAAUACAGAAACAACAAUAAACUACAAUAUAGUGAACACAGUCCAUUCAGAUAGCAAAAGGUCAUUCAAUAAUUCUAGACUUGUUAUUGAGGCAGUGGCGAAGUCUGUUGGAAGUACAUUUUAUUUUUAUUAAUUUUUGUUGAUGUUUUAAAAUGUUUAUGUUUUACUUGUAUGUACAACAUAUAUGGCUACAAACACUAUAUGGAUUUUGAAUGCCAUUUCCUGUCCCCUGGUCUUAUCUCGUUUAACAUCCAGAAGAAGGCAGCAUAGGGCUAAGACGUUAGCUCCUUUUCACUUUUAUUUGCCAAUUAACUACAUGCGUGUCAUGGCAACAUAUUUUACAGUCUUUCUUAUAUGGACAUAGAAAAAUGUCUAGGAGUAUUCUCAUAUCAGCUUUUGAAGAGAGAACAUCCAAAUUCUUAAUAUUUAUGUAAUUUAUUUUAAUGAGAGUAUCAAAACAUUUUUAAAGUGCAUGUGUGCCUGAAUGAAGUGGAGGCAAUUUUUUUUUUUUUUUUUUUUUUUUUAGACAAAUAUUUUGUCUUUACUUUGGAGCACUGACUACAAAUGCAUUCAAUAGCAAGUAUAUUACACAUACAUCCAGAGUAAUACAAGGACAGUCUUUAGUAGUUCCAGCAAGAACGUUUACCUAGAUAAUGAAAUGUUGAUUUACAUAAAAAUGUCUAGGAUUAGCAAAGCAGCCUUUUCUUCCGUUGCAAUCAUGGAUAUUGUUUUCUGUGAUAUAUUUAAUAAUUAGCUGAAAUGUGAUUCACUGGAAGAAAAAAGAAAAAUAUGGCAGCUGUUGCAUCCAUCCCCAUUCGUAAGAAUGGUUUAGUGUGUAGUCUGAUUGGAACUAACUUCUCCUAGUGUGCGUGACAUGUACAAAACAAUUUGUCCAGAGAAUAUAUUUUAAUAUGUAUGCAAUGCCGUUUUGCCAUUGGUCUUGCAUAUAUUUGUGAUUCAUGCAAAAUAAUUCUCAUCACCUCAGGUAAUAAAAAAACAGAGACUUAUUACAUUUUGUGUAAAAGUUAAAUCCUAUCAAGGAGUAGGUAUUUUUUUUUUUUUUUUUUUUUCUUUUUUUUUCUUUUUUUUUUUUUGUGUAUGUCAUUCUGGUGUGUUGUGGAUGAACAGAAAUGUGAAAUCGAUCUACUACUGUUUAUUUUCAUUGCAUGUCAUAAACAUUGCCGACACUGGCAGUGUCAGCAGUUCAGCUUAUAUUUCAAGUCGAGAUCGAACUGAUAAUGUGCACUUGCAAUAAGGCUGAAUCUCACUAUUAUGCUGGAAGGGAGUUUGAAAAAAACGAAUGACGCUCUCAAGCAUAACAUUAUUUCAGAUCGGCUGUGCAUUACGACUGUACAUGUCGGAUUUAGUGUUGGCCAUACUUUGUUUCAAUGGCUUCAUCUGAGAUUGUGUGAUGUGGAAAGAACUAUUACGACGUGUUUCCAUUCUGUCAGCAUACAUGUAUAUGAUAUUGGUGUGUUACUUUUUAAGGCAAAUACCAGGGUCCAACUUUGAUAUGUCUCAACAUUAAAUACGCAAAUCAAAACUUUUCCCUGUUGGUAACCAUGUGAUUUUAGCUUGAGUUUUCCGUGUACAGCGAAAUGUUAGCUAAGGUUGCAUUGUAGUCAGCCCUGGGUAAGGCCAAAAUGAUCUCUUUGCCAUGAGUAUUGUACAACUGGUGACAUUUUUUGUUUUUGUUUUGUGCUUCUUCUUUUUCUUGGGUACUUAAAGUGGUGACUUGAUGGUCACCAAUAUUGUUCUGUUUAUGAGCCUUGUGGUGCCAACAAAAAGGCUCAAAGAUAAUGUGAAUUCUGUUGUCUUCUAUAGGCAGUCUUGUUUUAGAUUGUGUGUGUGUGUGCGCGCGUCCACAUGUGUGUAUUUUUAUUAAUAUGAAAUGCUCUGUCAUUUUGUGGCUUUUGAAAUCUUGUGAGAAAAACAACUGGUGAAAGUAUUAAUUAACUGUUACCAAAUACGUUGCUUGAACCUGCAAUAAUGAAACUGAUACCAUUAAAUAAAAAGGUUUAGCAUUGUGUAUUUAACAUAAUAAUUCAAAGGCUGAUUAAUCCCACUGAUGUCAAAAUAAAGCUAUUGGUAAUUAUAUAUAAGAUACGAUCGAUAAUUUUGAAUUCUGAACUUAAUUUUUUAUAUUAUUAUUUAGGCCACUCCAAUUUUAUGAACAGAAUUGUUUUACAUAAUUGUUUCUUUUUGUUGGGGUGGGUGGGUGGGUGGGUUGGGGCAGGGUUGUUAGUAAAUUUAUUUGUUUGGAAUGGAAAAUUCAGUCUUUGUUGUGGGGAAAAUACCAAAAUAGUUGAAGUAUUGUAAUAAAUUUAUUUUGGUAUGAUUAAGAAAGUAAACCAACAAAUCUUUUUUUUUUAAAGUUAAAAGUGUAUUUUAAAAUUAUUUUUAUUACUAAAGUUGAUUAAUUAGCCCGAAAACCAACAAAUAAUAUUGGAGUAGCUUAAAGUAAAAAUUAGUAUAGUGUCAAAUACUAAAAAAAAAAAGACAAAAAGUUUUAAGAUAUUUGUAAAUACUUGUACAUAAAUGUUUGUAAAUGGUGGAGAUAAAUGGUGGAGACGACUCCUUAAAAGAUAAUAAAAAUGUGUUUAUGCAGGUACAUUGCUUCUGUACUGGACCCAAGGUCAAAAAUCAUGAAAUCUAGUCUUCAGUGCUUCUGCUUCCAGUGUUCCAUUAUCUCAGUUUCCAAGAAGCUGUAGAACAAAAAUUUACAGAUGACUGAACAGUUUUAAACUGGUUAUACAAAUGUAUGGAUAACAUUCUUUUUGGAAGAAAUUAAAAAAAGUAAGAAAAAAAAAGCAUGUCUUUACUUAAAGGUUGCUUAAAUGGUGAGAAUAGUUUUACUGGCACAAAAUAAACAUUCCGUGUAAAGUUAUUAUGUGAUAAAAUAAUUAAAAAUACAUGUUUGUCGUAUCAGAAAAUAUUCUGCUUUUCCCUGUUAAUACCAAUGUUUGAAUUGCUAGGAACGUUUUGUUUCUAAUUUUUAUUAAGAAACUAUAGUUCUGAUCAGUUUGAAAAUUGGUUAGCAUUUAAAGUUUUAGAAUUGUGUUGCUAUCUCUGAAACUUGCAUAGCAAAUCAUGACACGAUAAUGAACAAUAUGUUCUCUGAUAAUUGUGUAACCAGUGUUAAAUAAACGUACAAUAGAUAACAAUUAUCACAAGGAAAUAUAUAUAAAUUAGAUCUUUUUAGAUACCGGUAUAACAUUUAAGCUACCUCUAACUGACAUGCUUUGUUUGUGAUUUAUAUUGGAGCUUGUUUCUUUUGCUGGAAAUCAGAUAUGUGAUCUAACAUUAAGUAUGACAAAUAUGAUGGUAAAGUGGCUUAUGUCCUGAACUGUGUGUGUACUAGAUAGAAUAAGGCUAAUUUAUUAACUAUUGUGGUCAGUUGAUACAUAUUAUGCUCAACAAGUUAAUAUGUUAAAUUAUUUAAACAAAGAAUAUGAUCAACUGUUAUGUGCAUUUCACCAAGGUUAACUGAUACCGGUAUGUAUAGCAAUAAGAAUUGUAAAAACUAUUCAGAUAUUUGGAGAAGACAGAAAUAUUAAAUGAAAUGUGUAUUGAAAAAAAUAUGGGCUAUUUUCACAAAAAGGGACAACUUUAUAAAAAGUUUAAUUAAAAAAACAAAAAACAGACAUAAUUAUUGGUAAGCAGGCUUCACUGUGCCAAUUAGCCAGUUGCUAAUUUUUAUUCAAAGUAGCUACAACAUUUGUUAGUUUGCUUAUAAAAAUUGUAUCAAUUUUUCAAUCAUGUUCAAGGAAAUAUUCUAGAUAUUUAAAAAUUGGGUAAAUGUUUUCCAGUGUGAGCCCUUGGUAGGGACAAACUAAAAGGUUUGUAUCUGUAGGUUUUUGCAUAUGGCCGUCACCGCAUUGUAUACAAAUGAUACACUGAAUGUAGCGUGACUUAUUUUUGUGAUUGAAAUAGCUUAAUGGUAAAGACGUUUCUUUUGUAGUUUAUAAAUAGAGAAUGUCCAUCAUCUUUGUUUGAGAAAAGUAGGCAGCUAUUUCUUCUGAACACACUGAUAUGUAUAUUUGUAAGCAUGGAAAAGAGGAAGCAAUGGCAGCUAUAGCAGUUGGUGAUAAUCACGUCUGCCGCCUAUUAAUAUUAAUUUACCCCUAUGACAUAUUACACAAUAAUGCAUAGUAUUACACUGGGUAUUGGUGGUUAUUCAAGGCUUUGUGAAACCUUUUUUGUGCUAAUAUUUACCAUGUUGAAAAUAUCCCAUAUCUUCAUCAUUACUUGUUCCUUUUUAUGAAAACUGCCCACAUUGGGUUGUUGUAAUAUUUAUUGAUUGAUUGUAAUUUCCACUCAUAUGCAGCACACGUAUGAAUGGUCAGAGUUUGACAUGGAUGAAUCUGUCAUAACACUUAACACAGAUAUAAUAAUAUUAAUAUGUGUGUGUAUUGGAUGUCAGUGAUGGUAUGGGAUGUAUUAAUGAAUUAAUUUAUACAUGUAGUAAAAUCAGAAUUAUUGUAAACGUACCUGUGUUAAAUUAUAACGAGUCAGAAUGGUAAAAGGUGCAGAAUACUUUGAUAGGGAGAAUAAGAUACAGGAAUAUGUGCAGGUGAACCCCAUUUUCUUUGGUGCCUAUAAUCAAACUUUAGCUCCGAGCUGUUAAAAUAGGGCCUGUGUGUACGAGUGUACGAAUGUCUGUGUGUCUAUCACACAUGUUUUUACAUGCAAUGGAUGUGGGGAGGAACCUUUAAUUUUGUAAAAGAAAUUUCUCCAUGUACAUGUAUUUCGAAUUUCAUGAACAAGACUACAAUAACACAGUUUGAUGUAUUUGGUAUGUAACAAAUACGGUAGACAAGAUAUUCAGCCUGUGAAAUACGAAAAAUGCUAAUGUUGAGAUGGAUCUCGCAGGUUGGCAUUGCGGAAUGUUGCUGCCGUUAACUGGGAUGGAUGUUGAGACAACAGAAUUCACUUAGCAUCUGAACAAUCUCCAAUGCAAUGUUGGUGCUUUCCAAAGAUCAAAUAUUUUAGCAUUUCCUGCACUGGUCUGCAAGAUUGGUGUAAGUGUGCAUGUGUUGGAUUUAAUCUGUGAUGACCAAAGGACUGCUUAUGGGCCCGGUCCUGUCCCAUUUGUUAAAAUAUUUAGUGCUAGCCCACAUUGGUUUUUUUUUCUUUCUGUUAUGACUUUUUUGCCCCCCCCCCCCCCCCCCCCCACACACACACACACACACACACAGGUUAUGUAGAUAGAAGGAACAGACAUGAUGUUUCUUUUGUCUUGUGUUCCAUUUUUAUUUGUUUUUCAAAAUAGAUCAAAAUAUCUAUUUUAUGUGUAAUUUAAUUUAUUAUCUAUAUUAGGGAUUUUUUUCUCUUUUUUUUUUAAUAUUAAAAAAAGAUUAAUUGUAACAGAUCUUAGGAAGAAACAGUAUGACUGUUCUUUCUUUUCUACUUUCAUCAUGCAGUGACAUUUGAUGAUGAUGCCAAUGAUCUUUGUGUAGUUGGUACCCUGUUAUUGUGUAUUGUUGUUAAUGUGUUGUAAUAGUUAUAACAAGUCACCAGAAAAAGAGAAAGUUAGCCUACUGAAUAAAUGGCCUUUUUUUUCUUCUUUUUUUCCCACCCCUCCUCCCAUUUUAAAAAAAGUUAAUCUCGGCUGAACACUUUGAUGAAUGUGUAAUGGUUUGGAUAGCCAUUUAAAUAUUAUUGUUGUACAAGAACCAGAAUGCUGGAAAUUGUAGAAACCCUAGACAUUUUUGUGUACAUAUGACAAUUAAUUUUAUUGUUCAACUCAUUUUGAGGAAUAAAAUCUUAAUUAAUAUAAAAA